GUUGCAACACACCGACCAAAGCAGCUCUCCUAGAAGCCAACUUCACUUUCUUCCCCAACUAAAACUAAAAAACAUCAUUCGAACAUUUUAAGGAACCAGAAGAAUCUAGAACAAAUGGACUCCAACCAGGGACUUGAGGCCUUGAAAAAAGCUUUUGGUGAUGUAAUCUUGAAUACAUCAGAAGAAGCAGCUUCCAGAGUAAUGGCUGCGGAGAAGAGGGCUCAACAAUUGGAGCAAGAAAUUCGAGGCACGAAAGAUGAGGCGGUUCAGAUGAUGGUUAGGCUGAAGAAGAAGAUGGAUGAUGAGAUUAGUGAAGCAACCAUGGCAUCUCGAAAUCGACAAGAAAAGAUUGAUGAACUUGAAGCACAGCUUCAGGAAGCGGAGGAUAUAGUGACCGAGACAAGAGAAAAGCUGAGACAUGAACAAGCUAAAUUUGAAAGGGUGGCGAGGAGGGAAAUGCAGCGCCAGGACAAGCAUGACUAUGCUAGUUUAACAGAAGCAUUUGAUAGAAAGAGACAGUCUCGUUCUGUUCCUUGCCCUCCCUUGGAAUUUCAGAAAGAUCCUCUUAUAACUUCUGACAAUGAGAAUCCAUAUCUGAAUCAAAGGUCUGAAUACCCUAAUUGCUCUACUGAACCUCUGAUCAGGAAUUUAUAUGGCCCCAUGCCUGAAUUACCUUCUAUAAUUUCGAGAAGCAAGAAGCACAAAGUUUUCAGAAAUGCAUGCACGCAGAGAAUUCACGCAUGUGAAAGGAACAUUGUGGGCAAUGAGUUGUCUUUAUCAGGACAGCAUGAUGAUGCAAGUGGCAAGGGAAUGGUUGAAGGAGCAGAAAAGGAUAUUAAUACAUGCAAAUCUACCUUCAGCGAGGUUCACAAGGUGCUUAAUAUCGAGAGCAAAAAAGUGGCGGGUAAGAAUGACAGUAUUAGCGGCGGGUAUGAGGUUCAGCCUAUGAAAUCAAUUCCAGAAGAAGUGAAAAAAGCUACUGAGUAUAGCAAGAAUACAUUGUGUUGGUUGAAUAAAGCUACUGAAACAAAUGUCAAUGAUAAAGAAGGCGACUCUGAAAAGCUGAUAUCUAAGAGUGAGACUCCAUUUAAAACAGAAGCCAAGUAUGGGAAAAAUAAAAACACUCUAGGCAAGAAAAUUUCUGAUAACAUGUUUAUGAAGGGAUGUAAAAAUCAUGGUGUUCCGCACUCAGACCCUAUUCCCAAAUCAGAUGGGGACAAUCCACAGCCUAAUGAAGAUCCUACAGCCAAUAAGCCAAAAUUAUCCUUUGAUACAGCAGGCCUCGAGACACCACUGGGGUGUGCAAAAUCUGCUGAAAUAAAGGACAAUGGUAGAGAAGGUGACACUGAAAAGUUGAUAUCUAAAGGUAAGCCUCCAGUAGAAAUAGCUACUAAGUAUCAAAAGAAUAGAAGUGCUAUAGGCAAGAAAAUCCCUGAUAAAAUGUUCGAGAACAGACAUGAAACUUUUGGUGCUCGUAACUCAUACCCGAAUCCGACAUCAGUUCAGAACAAUGUGCAGCCUAAAAAAGAUCCUAAAGUCACUAUGCCAAAGUUAUCACCGGAUAUAAAAGGCAUGGAGACACAGCUAGAGUGUGCGAAAACUACUGAAACAAAUAACAAUGGUAAACAAAGUGGCACUGAAGGUUUGAUACCCAAUGGUGACCCUCCAGUCAAUAUAUCAGUACCUUCUGUUCAAGAAGGCGUUUCUGCAGACAGUUCAGACAUUGAAGUAUCUAAUUCAAAUCUGAAGAAAGUUGAUGAGCAUAUUCUAAAAUCAAAGCUCAAAAUCAACGAUGCAACAAAUACAGGUUUUUCUCUGCAACUUUUCAAAUACACAUUCCAAAGGAAGAGGAAGAGAGAAAUUGUGAGCAUCUCUGAUGGAGCUGUCCUGGCUGACAACCACACUCUAGAGAGAAGGAAGGAAACUAAGGAUACAUCAGAACAGUCAGAGAAGUCUAGCUUGGCAGCUUAUUCUGGAGGCAGUCAGUGAGCACAGGAAAAUAAGAAAAUGCUGAUUGUAAAUCAUAGUGUUUUGUGAUUAGUAAGCAAGAGUUUGUUAAGUUGAAGAGCGUGCAGACCAGCGCUUUUACAGAAUUACAGUGUUGAUGCAAAGAUGGUGUGUUCCAUUUGAACUGCCAACCAGCGGCUUAUUCCAGAGAAAGAUGUAGAUUUCAGAGACUGACACCUUUAGGAAUGUCAUUUUUACAAUUUACCUUGACUCUUUGCCUUUGUUGUAAGUUGUAACCUCUAUAUUUCUCUCCCAUAACCAUCUGCCCGUCUGUCUCUCACAUGGUGACUUUAGUAUAAGAUCUUAACCUUGUCUUUUACUGAAAUUGCGAAGGUUUUCAAGUUUAUAAUUAAACUUUUUAGACUUA